AUGCCGCAGAUUGAGAAAGAGGAUGAAAAGCCUACCGCUGGCAUGCUGAACACCUUCUCCAAAGCACCUGAGAAGGGUGUAGGCAUGAAGGCUCGCCGACUUAGCCUCAAUCUGCCAAGCGACUACAUCAUAGAUCAGUGCGAGCUAGAAAAGGAAUUCAAAAGCUCAAGUCUCAUGCCUGGCAAGCGAGGGAAGGUGCUUGGCAAAGGUGCUACAGCUGAAGUUCGGAUCAUGGCUCGUCGGGGUGUGUCCAAGGAUGAGCAACUGGUCGCCGUCAAGAUUUUCCGAGAGCGAAAUCCAGAAGAGACCGAGGAAGACUACAUCAUGAAGAUCAAAUCUGAGUAUAGCAUCGCUCAGAGUCUGCAUCACCCCAACAUCGUCGAGACACUCCGUUUGUGUACAAAUCGUGGCCGCUGGAAUCACGUCAUGGAGUACUGUACCCAUGGUGAAAUCUAUUCCCUAGUCGAACGGAAGUUGUUUGCUAGUGGUGUCGAGGGGUUCUAUAGUCGCGAGGACCGCUUAUGCUUCUUCAAGCAACUACUUCGAGGCGUCGACUACUUACACAGUCAUGGCAUCGCUCACCGUGAUAUCAAGCUGGAGAACCUUCUCGUGGACAAGGAUGGACACCUCAAGAUCUCCGACUUCGGUGUUGCAGAAGUCUUUAGUGGUGAGCACCCAGGCCUUCGCGCAUCCGGAGGGCAAUGCGGCAAGAAUAUGGGAGCAGUUCGUUUGUCGUCUCCUGGAAUCUGCGGCAGUCUCCCGUACAUCGCUCCCGAAGUGCUUGCGAAACGGAGCCCGUAUGAUCCUCGCCCGCUCGAUGUGUGGUCUUGUGCCAUCGUCUACAUCACGAUGGCCUUCGGUGGAUGUCCAUGGCAGGCUGCGAAGUCUGAGUUCGAGUACUACGCCAAGUUCAAGAGGGGUUGGCAAGAUUGGUUGAGAGAUCAUCCUGACGGCGAGCUGUUUGAUGGCCCUAAUGGCUAUCCAAAAUGCGGCAAGCUCUUCAACAUGAUCGAAGGCCCGGCUAUCAGACAUCUCAUCCUUAGGAUGUUGCACCCAAUACCUGAGAAGCGCAUCACCAUCCGCGAGGUGCUGAACACCAGUCUCAUUCGGAACGUUGACUGUUGCUGUCCCGAGAAUUACGAAGAUCCAAAUUGCUGUUCUGACGGCGCGACGCUCAGCUCAGCACAUGGAAGGUUUUCGCCGAAGAAGCCUGUUCACCACCACAUACCACCAAAACCUGAGCACAAAUCUCGCGUCCAUAUCUUUGAGGUUGGAGAGGCGUGA